AUGCCCAACUGCUCAUUCCUUGAGUACUCCCACCUGCACACCUUCACUCGUGGAUACGACUUCGUUCAUAUUCCCCUCAGUCUGGCUAUCUGUGUCUGUGGCGUACUUGCCAACGCUAUCAACGUCGUCGUGCUCAACCAACCGGGAAUGCAGUCCUCCACCAACCUCCUAGUGGCAGCUCUAUCCAUCGGUGAGGGUACUGUCAUGGCCAUUUACAUAUUCUACGUUACUAUGUACCGCAUUGAUCGAAAACUUGAAUUGGGUAUGUCGAAGCCCUACGCCUAUACUCUCUUUAUUUUGGUCUAUGCUCAAAAUCUCUUCCACGCCUUUUCCUCAUGGAUGAUUGUCUUUCUCUCCGCCUUCCGACUUGCCUUCAUGCGAGCUGGAGUUGCAGCUCUACACACGUGCAGCUACAGCCGAGCCAAAAUGGGCAUCCUUACCAAUGCUGUAAUAUCGCUCAUUCUCUCAGCGCCAUUUUUAUUCGCUCACCACGUGGUUAAGGACUGUACACGUUCUGUCAAUGGCACAGAUGCUUUCAAGCUCGACUUUGUAUCAAAUUACUCGUUGACAACACUGUUGCUAGUUACCACAGGAGUGUUUAUGAAAGUCUUGCCCAUUGUCCUAAGCACUAUCUUUACUGCCUUGCUGAUUCGGACCCUACUAAAGUCGCAGAGACGGCGGAAUCGACUAAAAAAUGAGAAGACAGAAACGGAGCAGAGAAUCCCACCCACCCAGCUAGAACACUCAAACAGCAGUGCCAAAGCCACAAGUUCAAAAAGGCUCUCCAUAAAAAGGUCGAACGAUCAUGACUCUAAUAGCCGGAAUAUCUAUCAAACGACAAACAUUAUGAUCGCUCUCACCGCCCUCUACAUCAUCACUUAUUUGCCUCAGGUGAGAUUUUUUAAAGGGGGAAAAACUUCAUCAGCUUAA